AUGACGAACUCCCGCACCAGCAGAGAGAUCACCCGUGUCAACGCCUAUGAGAGGGAGUGGAGGAUCAGGACCAACAUGGCCAAGUUCACCGUUAUCCCCCUUGCCAUAAAAAACCCCGCACCACUGCUCGUGGACGGGGAUGACGUCGAGUUCAGUCCCAGGGGUUCUCUCUUGGGUCUGUCUGUGGCCUCCAUAGGAUACACCACCCACGUGUCACAACGUGUAACAAGAGUGAGAUCAGCCCUUACCGGGCUGUAUCGCUUCAGGGACUUGGCCACUGGUCUCCAUCUUAUUAAGGCUCUUGUUCUGCCUAUUCUCACUUACCCGCCUAUUCCUUUGCAUACACUCUCCAACACAGCCAUCAGCAGACUGCAGGAAGUGCAGAAUAGCGCCCUGAGGUUUGCCUUCGGUACUAGAUGGGACGACUUCACCAGCUCAGCAUCGCUCCACGAGGCCGCGUCCCUCCCAGCCCUGAACGUCCACCUCCACGAGAUGGCCACCAAAGUAUGGCAGCGGAUGGAGGACGAGGGAUGGGAUCAGCACCAACACCUGCAGGCACUGCACGAGGAGACUCCACAUCGACAGCAUGCCUGAUUUCCAAGGAGUUUCCUAAAAUUGCAGAACAUUUCUUGCUACCACCUCCACGGCGGCCACACCAUCUCCCGAUUGGUGAUGACUGGGGGAGAGAUCGCAUGCCUGCCCUACCGAGAUUCGAGGACCCAGGAGAUGACGGUGCAGCUGACCAGCGGAGAGGAGACAAGGCACUCUGGGAACCUGCCAUGACCGAUGACAUCCCCAGAUGACACCGAUGGCAGCCCCAGUGCUGGUUUCUUCGGUGUGUUUACCCCCUCAAGCCCUACGCCCUGAGUUGCUGGGACAGUGGCCUACGUCACAGCAAGGGGUACUUGGCCACCAGGAUGCUUGCAAAACUCCCAGCAGUGGAGCUGAGCUCCCGGGACGCACCAAUGAAGGGUUUGUGCAGGAAAUGACAACGGACCAGGUUACCCACGACCAUCCUGCCAACCAUGUCUUCAACAUCGUUCGCGGAACUCUCCCUGCCGCCCUACAAAGCUGCAGGAACAACUAACAUCGACCACCACCACUACAGGAAAUGACACUCGCCUUGAAGUGCUGUUGAAACUUCACGUGCCACCAGAAAAGACAAUAACCAUACUGUGACACUUACGGGACAUACAUAUAUCAAUAUAUUUGUAUAUAUUUUCUUUUAGCCAUAAGACAUCCACAGCAGCACGGGUGGUUUUCCUCCGGGAGCUCCGGUUUCCACCCAGAAUACAUCUGUGUUGCUGUGGUAAUUUGUAAUUUGUAAUAAUUUGUAAUAAUUUGUAAUAUCUUUGACAAUCUGUAUAUACCACUGUUCCUUUCUAGUAGAUGUUAGAAUCACAUAUGUAUAAGUGCUAUGUAACCCUCCAGCUCACUCCUUACCUAUCUCACAGCAGUAUGGGUGGUUUUCCCCCGGGAACUCCGGUUUCCACCCUUAACCUAGCCAGCACAUACUGCCCUUUACAGUAGCAGGCCGGACUGCCUAGCUACUUUCAUCUCCUACUAUAUUUCUAUAUUUCCUUACUUUUUCUUCUGUUGUACCAGUUGCGGUACACCACCCCCCAUCUUGUGUAACCUAUCUUUCCUAAUAUACUUUAAAACUUUGAAA